AUGUCUGCAUUCAACGACUUCUGUGUAGUGUGCGAGCGUCUCAUUGACGGUCCCAGCAGGCUGUACUGUUCAGAAUCGUGCUGUCAACACGACGAGAACUCCAAGCGACGCAAAAGCGUCGUGGAAAGCCUUGUGGCCACGCCGCAAUUGUGUCCUAUGGAUUUCGACGCCGGCAACGAUUCCGAGGAGGACGACUUGCUGGAACUCGACUAUACUGCUACCGUGCCGACGACGCUCAGCUCGCCGAGACAGUUCGAGAAACAGCAGCACGACAGCUACUUCUCGUUGGCUUCCGAAGUCUGUUUCGACCACACCGCAGAAGACAACUACAAGCUGUGGCUGAACGCUCGGUCCGUAUGA